AUGAAUGAACCCGAGUUUUCUGCGGUGGAUCCAAACCUUUCGAAGGCUGUUUCCAUGCUAGAUGAUGCUUUUCGCCAUGUGGGGGCGCUUUCCUUGCCUAGUGAGGGGACCUCUGGUGCUUCAAAGAUAUCGGAGACAAAUCAUGAAACCAACGAUUCAGGGAGCAAGCGAUCCCAGACACCUGUGCUGCCGCCCAUUUUAGAUGACCGGCUGCAAAGAGCGGUUUUCACUCACCCGGCAUGCGGAAGCAAUAAUGAUUCAACCUAUGACCGGCUUGAGGUUCUAGGUGAUGCAUACAUCGAGUUAAUUGCAACCAGAUUUAUCUGGGGAAAGUUCCCAGGUAUAUCCUCCGGUCGAAUCUCACAGAUUCGAGAGCUUCUUGUGAAGAACGAGACCCUUUCGGCAUUUGCCGGGGUGUAUGGGUUUGAUCGGAAGAUUUCAGUUCCAGCAAAUUACUCCGACCAGCCAAAACGAUGGACCAAAAUAAAAGGCGAUGUCUUCGAAGCUUAUGUGGCCGCCGUCAUACUUUCACAUUCCACCAAUGGUUACCAUGUUGCGGAAAAGUGGCUGACACAGCUGUGGUUACCAACGCUCGAUGAUUUGGGCCAUCAAAAGGCCGAAUUUCGCUACAAAGAAAUUCUAGCCAAGAAGGUCAUGGGGAAAGGUACCAAGUUGGAGUACAGAGAAGAAAAGGGAGCAAUUGACCACAAGGGUAGCGGCACACAGACAUUCUUCAUUGGGGUUUAUCUGACGGGUUGGGGAAAAUGGAAAGAUGAGCACUUAGGCUCUGGGCAGGGCUUGAGUAAAGCGGCGGCUGGUGACGAGGCGGCAAGGGAUGCCCUUUCAGCGAAUACCUCUUUAAUCUCGACUAUUGCUGCGGCGAAGGAGGCAGCGCUAGCGAUGAGAUGA